AUGAACAAUGGGCACACCACAAAGCAUAGGCACCGAAGAAUACCGAUUGAUACGUGCAAUAAUGGAGCAGGGAAUGAAUCAUCGAAUCAUGCUCUGCCAUCACCAAAUUCCGUGUCAUCGACCAGAGCAAGUUCACGUCGACGAGUCAAGAAGAAACCAAAAACAAACUUUCGAGUCGUAAUUCUGGUGAUGACACUUCCAUUAGCUGUUCUACCAUGGCUAUUUGCCCAUUCCAACAUGAUAAAGCCCACGAGCCCAUUUCUUAGACCCGAAAAAGCGAAACCAAUAAGCAUUCAAGCAUCAGCUGACACUCUGCCUCAUCAGCUUCAGGAUCUCGAACCACUGAGACAACCAAUCGAUCAGAUUCGAGAAGAAUGGCCAGACCUCUUACAUAUUGUCAACACUCGUUUCAUGCAAGAGCAAGGAACACUGAAAACGUUGGGAAUGGCACGGUAUCAUCAAUUCAUGACCUUUUGCUUUCCAUCCAUGAUGAAUCAGACAACUACGGAAUUCUUGUGGAUCGUAAAGACAGAUCCGGAACUAAGUCCAGAAAUUCGUGAUUUGAUGAUUGAAGCAAUGAAGCCGUAUCCACACUUUUACCUGGUGGGGAGCAACAACAACUUUAUGAUCAACAAGAAUAAUGGAUCCUGGAAGGGUGGUGAAGAAGGCAAGGAUCUGUUGAAUUCUACAAUUUUUACCGGAAACUUGACAUGGCUUCAGCAAGCAAUGGCGCUACGAAAUGAACUCCCAGUCCUGGAGACUCGAUUGGAUGCGGAUGAUGGAUUGCAUCAAAUGUACCUUGAUUACGUCCAAGGCGUCGCCAGACGACGAUUCGACAAAGAUGAUGAUUCGAGCGCACCAGAUUGGUUGUACUGGUGCAUUCGACGCCAUUUAGAAUGGCACACGCCUGCUGAUAACACAACGGAUCCUUUCCUUCUUGAACGAGGCAUUCUAAUCCCCAUUCAACACAGUCUAUUGUGCAUCACUCCUGGGAUUACGGUGGGGUACAAUGUCCGAGCCGAUCCGACCAAAAUACCCGUGUACCCUCAUGAUGCGUUGCUCCUAAAACUGUCACAUCGCGAUGCCAACAACCAAACGGCACACAAUUGCUAUCCACCAGGCAAGGCAGAAACGGAAUCGGACGAAGAAACGGAUUCACUGCCUUGUCUUGACAUGGCGGAAGCCUUCCUUUUGGGUGCUCUGCGAUCCCGUACAUGGACAUCGGCCGGAAUGAUGCGAGUCGAGGCCGAUGCUCAAGUUGGGUCACCAGAAGUGAUCCGGAAACUUUGGUUGUUAUUGCACAAGCGGUUUGCCGUCGAGCCUGAACGGGUCAAAGAACUUAUGAAGUACUUUGAAGCAAAUCGAAAGGAAAUCGCACAGGAGAACCUUUUGGGGCAGUGUACAACUGGGCAUUCUUGCAAGGACAGUGCAAAACAAGCUUUACAAUCGUAUAUGGGAAAAUGA